ACACUCCUACUAUUGACCUUUCUCUUUGACCCCAGAGCAACAUAAACAAACAAACGUAAAACUUUCUCUAGCUCUAGCUCUACAUCAUAUCAUGGCUACUCGUUUUCUCAAUCACCCAGCAGGUCCCAAAACCAUAUUUUUCUGGGCACCGGCUUUCAAGUGGGGUCUUGUAGUAGCUGGUCUGGCUGACAUGCAGAGGCCUGCAGAUAAGCUGAGUGUCUCCCAGUCCUCUGCUCUGGCCGCAACUGGGGCCAUUUGGUCUCGCUACUCUCUGGUCAUCACCCCAGUCAACUACAACCUUUUUGGUGUCAACAUCUUUGUGGCCAUGACUGGGUUCUAUCAACUCUACAGAAUUUGGAACCACAAGAAGGAGCAAGCAAAGACUGAGAGCGAACCAAAAUCUAGCUAGACAAGACUACAGUCCACAUGCACAUGUAUACCCGCACAUUUAUAUACUAUAGAGUGUCUGUAAAAUGCAACAAAAAGAUGUUUUUUUUAGUGG